AUGGAUCGAAUACGGCGUUCACUUCGGGAAUCAUUUCAUCGCCGAAUGUCCAGGCAAGAUUUCAGACGUAGAACUCCAUCCAGACGACAGUCUUCACCGAGCAGGCUAAAAAGCAAUUCAGGUUUCAGUAAAGCGGAAUUAUGGCAACCGGAUGAAAUUGCUGUUCGAAAUGGCACGUGCAAUUUUAUUGUUAAGUAUCUUGGCGGUAUCGAAGUGUUUGAAUCACGUGGUAUACAGAUUUGUGAGGGAGCUUUGAAAUUAUUGAGGGGACAACGACGACGACCAAUUAAAGCAAUUCUCUAUGUUUCCGGUGAUGGUUUACGUGUUGUGGAUCAGGAAAGUAGUCGUGGCUUAAUAGUCGAUCAAACUAUUGAGAAGGUAUCAUUUUGUGCACCUGAUCGAAAUCAUGAAAAGGGUUUUGCUUAUAUUUGCCGGGAUGGAACAUCGAGACGAUGGAUGUGUCAUGGAUUUCAUGCAAUAAAGGAAUCGGGUGAACGCUUAAGUCAUGCUGUUGGAUGUGCAUUUGCGAUUUGUUUGGAAAGGAAGAAAAAGCGUGAUUCGGAAGCUGCUGCAGCAGUUCAGGCAGCUGCGGGUUUACCACCUCUUGGUUGCGAGAAGCCGAGUGUUACUGGUUUUACUCUAGAUGAAAUUGCCCAACAAAAACCACCACCCAUUACAAUUAGUUCAUUCAAACGAAAUAACUUUAAUGGCUCUUUUCGUCGGUUAUCAGUAACAGAGCGAUUACGCGACCCGCAGACUGCAAUCGUGCAACCACCUCCUGCAACUUCAAAUCUGUCAUCUGCAUUACACAUUACGCCGAAACCACGACCUAUCGGAAAUCGAUUACUUCUCGUAAGACAGGGAUCAUUGCACGCUCCUGCUUCAUAUGUCGUCAACACCACCUCAUUUCAUCGGCAACUUUCACUUCGAUCAUAUCCGGACUCUCCGAUUAAGCAGCAACAAAUGUCUGCGACAAUUAUAGAGAAAGGUGAGCCAAUUUUUGAAGAUGAUGAAGACAAAAGUUGGCUUAAUGAUGGUGCACUGAAUGAGGGAAGCACCUUCGAGAAUGCUCCGUAUUGUCCAGUGAAAUAUAAUGGAUUUAGGCAAUCGUUGUCGUAUACGGCUGCACCAUAUGCUGAUACCUAUGAUUUUAGUAAUACUCAAACAUAUGGUUUGAUGAAUUCUCCAUUACAAGUUCAAACCAAUUAUUCAUCAAAUGUUAGUGGACCGGAAUCGUGGUUAAAUAGUCCCAUUUCAACAUGUCCAUCAACGGCAAAAUCAAAAGCUGAUGAAUGGCUGGAACAAACAUUGCGCUCAUCACUAUCACUAAAUUCACCAAACAGAAAUACUGCCAAUCUCAGCAGGACAAGCCAUACGAUAAAUAAAAGUGGGCCGCCACCAGAUCAUCCACCUCCGCCGCUGCCAGGUUCAUCAACUUUCCAGGAUACAAGUUCGGAGACAUCAAUCCGUUUCAGCAGUGAUUUUUCACAAUACGAGCUAUCUGGCACAACUGAAGACUUUUCAUCUUUGAACAAGAAUGCAGCAGCCAUACCAUCAACAUCAACAGAAUCCGAGAUUGAUAUUUUCGGCCAACCAGUGUUCAGUGCAUUGCUGUCAAACUCUCAGACAAACCAGAAGAAAGAUAAUCAGAUGAAUGAAUGUAUGAAUAACAAAGAAUCCAAAAAACCAGACGAAACCGAAACUGAUCCAUUCGAUGUUAGAUGGUCCCAUUUAGCUGUAGAUGUUGCGACAACAUAUCCAAUACCAGUUCGUUCAACUAAUCCAUUUUAUUCGGAAUCAAGUGCCGUGAAAAUUUAA